AUGUCAACAGCUCCUUAUUGGGGCAAGCUUCCCGCCCCCGCUGCCGCCACCAUGCCUCCCUCGAGGCCAAACCGACACUCUGACGACUACGGCAGCCCUAUGGACCAAACCCCAGCCGAUGACAAGCCGCCUCAACGACCGCAACGCUUCUCCGUCCAAACUACAAACACCACAAACACCGAGGCUCCCACCGAAUCUACCUUCAGCCCUUUCGCCUCGCCAACUGCCUCGAGCUUCCUUGGUCAAGGCCUAGCUCCCCGACCCCCAUCCUAUCCCUACCGUAACACCCCGGACUACCCGCCUGAUAUCGCCGACAAGCGCAGCCAUCGUAGAACCCGGACUCGCGAAGACAUCGAACCCCCGGAUCUAGCCUCUCCCACUCCACCUGCAGCACCCGACGUCCCCAGAGCUCCUCCCUUGAGCUAUCGCCAUCCCUACAGCAACGGCGGCACUCCGGAUCCAUACGCUGCAGCGGCAGCAAUGGUUGCUGCCGCCUCGAAAGCAGCGAGAGAGUCUGCGUCGCCCGUGGUGCCUGUGUCCCCCCUGAGCGCCAAUAUGGAAAGUCGGGAAGGAUACUACCCUAGGACCCCUCGCUCUAGCCAACCCGACCACCUUCCCAUGGAAAAUAACCGACGGCCUAUGGAUAGCCCCCAGACUCGCGUCGCCGGCGAGGUACCCAUGCAGCACGUAAGGAAAGGAAGCGUCAAAGAAGUAACCACCGGACGAAGCUUCCCUCUGGAUGCCUCGAGCCAGCCGAGGAGGGCAUCCGCGACCUCGCAGCCCGACCGCCGUAGAAAGUUCGCAAACGACCGAUCACCGCUCCAGAGACUUGAGCUGACCCUAGACAGUAUCUCGAAAGAAGAAAAGCGAGCCAAAGUCGAAGCUGCCGAGCAACGCGCGCGCGAGAGAGCCCGACGCGCUGCCGAGGCCACCAAGCAAUCACCAUCCACCCCACAACAACAGGUGCGAUUCCGAGAAAGAGCUCCCUCUGCUAGCGGGAGCCCACGGGAGAAGCCUGCGGCAAGGCCGACACAGCAUCAGACACCUCGCUCAGUAGAGCCACCCGUCGCCGUUCAUAGGGGUCCUCUUACGCAAAACCCGCCAGGCGAUGCUCGGCCUCAUCAAGGCCCCGACCCUGACCGAUCAGUUCCAGUUCCUGUCUCGAUGGAACCUGCUCCGCCGGUGGUUGAUGCAGCCAGCCCGCCAGCAGCAGCAGCCCCUGUGCCACAAAUACUGGAGACUGGCAAUAUGGGCACGCCGAAGCGCAAUUUAAGCUUCCGGGAGCGUGCCGCUCAGCAAGAUCUCAAGCCUCUCAAUGGCCUCCCCCACGACUCACCAGUCACACCGUCUACCGCUCCUCCGCCCUCGAAUGGAGGCUUCUCUCUCACCCGAAGUGGCAGUAACAAACUAAAGAAAGAUCCUCCUGGCGAUCGGUGGUAUCGCCUUCGCGUAGAAGCCCAGAACGCACUACCACAGAGCUAUGCUCAGUCCCCGGCCCACCUGACUGUGACUGCCGCACCUGAGAAUGGGUAUUUCCAAGGCCACAGUCAGGAAGUGGUUCAUACACCGCAGCAGACGCGAGACAUUGAUUCAUAUCCCAGCUUCGCCGCGUCUAGGCAAAUAGCCCCCCCAACAAGGGCCUUUACUGAACCCCCAACCCAGCCGCAGCUGCAUUCGCAAUUGCAACCGCAACCACAGCCGCAACAUCAGCCGCAACCUCAACAACCACAACCGCACCUGCAACCGGGUAUUCGGCGGCAUGAUACGGAGCCUAUCCCGAGGACAACCCAAACAACCGUCACCUUUGAAGAUGAUCCCAGGGUCUCUAAGGGCUACCUAAGCGACGGUGACUCUCGUGCAACUGGCACGGAUCUCCGCCGGGCGGAGUAUACCCCUGGAGAUGGGCUGUAUUUGCCCCCCAAUUUCCUCGAUGAGUGGAAGCAAGCUACUGUCGGGUCCCUCAGCGGCACACUUCUCCAUCUUGCCGAGGACCUGCCCCAGGGCGUUGGUAAAGACAAGACUUGGUGGGAAUCCGAGGGAAGCAAGAGAGGCAUUUCGGCUCGUCCCCGGAAGGCAGAGGCGUUUGAUGGUGAAUAUGCAGAGACCAAUGGUCCCACCAGAUUCAAGCCCCAAUUAUACCUUCAAUGUGGCCCUUUGCUUCGAUACUGCGGUAUUCGCCGUGAGCUAGUAGCAAAAUCGACUCGAAAUCCCACCAUCGUGGAACGGGAGAUUUGGAGAGGCACGAUCAUGAUCGUUACUCGAGAUUCGGAUUCGUCAUACGAUAUUACUCCGACCUUGAGGUUGUUCCUUCAACCCAUUGAACUGCUGCCACCUCCGCCAGUACAAGUAAACGGCGACCUCUCACCAGAGUACGUUGAUCCGAUCGCUGGCCACCCCAAGCUGGGACGCCGCGGAGAGACUCUCUAUGUACGCCCCGUAGAGCACCUUGAGGAAGCCAAAGACCUAUCUUUCAAUGAGACCGAGGAAGGGCUCUAUGAAGCUACGAGAAGCCCACCGGAUGUUCCCCUUCCAAAGGGGGUAACUGACCUUCCCGGCUCCUACGCCAGCCGUCACAAGCGCAUUAAAGUUGAUGGCGAGAAAGUUGCAAAGUACAAGGAUGUUCGAGGCUUCCGCUUACACGCCGAGAGAGGCCAUACCUUCUGGCGUUUUAACGUUGAAGUCGAACUCGCGGAACAACAGCAGCGAGUGGCUUAUCGCAUCAACCGCGGACCAGCCAUGGCAUUCUGGGUACCCGCAAAGGGCCAGCCUAUGAAUAUCAUGUUCCACAGCUGCAACGGGUUUGGUCUCAAUGUUGAAAGGACGGAUGAUUUCAGUGGCCCUGAUCCUCUAUGGCGCGAUGUGCUUAAUACUCACCAGGCACGACCUUUUCACGUCAUGAUUGGAGGAGGCGGCCAGAUCUAUAACGACUCGGUCAUCGACAACUGUAGGGGAUUCCGGCAAUGGUACGAGAUGAGAAAUCCGCUACAAAAGUAUAGCGCCCCGUUCUUGCCCGAGCUUCAAAACGAACUCGAAGAGUUCUAUCUCGGUCAAUACUGCAAGUGGUUUUCCCAGGGCCUGUUUGCGCUCGCUAACUCUCAGAUCCCCAUGGUCAACAUGUUUGAUGACCAUGAGAUCUUCGACGGUUACGGCUCCUACCCUCGUCGUGCCAUGAACUGUCCAGUAUUCGCUGGUCUUGGAGCCGUAGCGUUCAAAUAUUAUAUGCUGUUCCAGCAUCAGAGUGUCAUGGACGAGACAGAUGCCUCAGAACCCUCUUGGAUCUUGGGGACCGCUCCCGGGCCGUAUAUCAAGGAAUUGAGCCGCAGUCUGUUUAUGGAGCUCGGUUCUGAGAUCUCGCUGCUCGCCGUCGACUGUCGGACAGAACGGACAGAGCUUGAUGUUAUUACAGAGGAAACAUUGAAACAAAUCAUGAAUCGGUGCUUCGCGGAUGUUAAAUCCGGCUCCACCAAACACCUCCUCGUCGUCCUACCCAUUCCCAUCGCUUACCCGAGGCUUGACUGGCUUGAAAACAUCUUGACCUCGCGUUUGAUGCGCCCAGUCAAGGCUGUGGGCAAGACAGGUGUGCUUGGAUCGAAGCUUAACCAGCUGGAUGCAGGCAGCGAGGUUCUAGACGACCUAAAUGACCACUGGACUGCUAAAAACCACAAGGGCGAACGAAGAGACGUUAUCGAGGAGUUGCAGGACCUGGCCGCAAUCAAGUCUACGCGCAUCACGAUUCUGAGCGGCGACGUCAAUCUAGCAGCGGUCGGACAGUUUUAUUCGCACCCAAGAUUCCGGCUUCCCAAGCAUAAGGACUACCGCUACAUGCCCAACAUUAUCUCAUCGCCGAUAGCGAACAGUCCGCCUUCGAAUCUGAUCGUCGACAUGGUCAACAAGAGAAACAAAGUACAUCACUUUGACAAGUACACCGAAGAAGACAUGAUCCCGAUGUUCCCUACGGGAGUUGAAGGGAAGCCACGCAAUAAUAAGCGCCUUCUUCCACAUCGCAACUGGUGCUCAAUUAGAGUAUGGGCACCAGGUAAUACCCCGCCGCCAUCAGUCGCCCCUUCGGUGCGCGAGAGAAGCAUCACGCCUCCCCCCAGCAGCGGUAGUGGUGGGAUCUUCCGGCGCCUCUCUAGGCGCAAAAAUUCGACACGCAGAGCCGAGGGACCCCACGAUUCGCGGCCUCCGGUCUCUGGCUCAGGCGGGCUCUUCCGCUCCUUCUCUCGGCGGAAAUCGGUUGACACCGGUCGGCCAGCCCCUUCGUCAGGGAAGCUAGUCCGAUCCCUAUCGGUGAACAGAGCAGAGUUCAGCGCGAGAAAAUUGGUGGGCCUGAGCAAACCCCAGGGCUCGUAUCAUGGCAGUAACCAUCAAGUUCACGAAUCUGACGACAGGGCCGGCGACUAUGAGCCGUACGGUGAUGUCUACGAUCCACGGCCCGCACCAGAGGCCGGCCCAGGCUGGACGAGCAGGCUCCGUGGGGGUGGCGAACCAGAGUAUGAGCAAGGCGACGAAGCGGCCUUCACAGCACGACCUGUGCGGCCCGCUCAACCACUCCCACUGGACAGCAGUGCCGAUGAUUUCGUUCCUAAGCCGUUCCACCGCACACCUACUGGCCUAUCGACGAAGCAGCGCAAGCACGCAGAUGACCUUGCCGUCGACCUUGAGGGCGGGCUCGAUAUCAGCCUCAACGUCGAGGUCAAUCCCAAAGACCCUGCGGGAAUUACCGUGCCGUACCGCAUUCUUGUGCCGCGGCUCUUCCACGAUGAGGAGGAUGAGAAGAAGCACGACGCCAUGUUGGCGUCGGAACAGCCCACCGGGUUUAAGAGAUUCUUGAGUCUUAAGGGCAAGAAGCCUGCUCCUGAAGUUGUCGAGCAAGUGACUAUGGAGCAACAAUCGCCAUCGUUGGCGCACACACAGUCGCUCCAUAAGAGGACUCCCCCGAAUGGUAGUUAUGGUUAUGAUACCGUCUCCAGUGUUGACCGCUAUGAUAGUCAGGGCGAUAUAAGGAUGGGCGGCAGAUAG